AAUUUUCCUAGGUUCCUACUCGUCGACAUCGCUGAUCCAUCGUUACAAGAUACGGUUGUCUGUUAAGCGAAAGCUUCUUCUAUUCCGUCCAGAACCCUUUGAACCAUUUAAUGUGACUGAAGAUAAUUAUCCCGCGUAGAAUAACGCGGUUCAGUACGUCAGCUUUUUGGUUGUACACAGUUUGGAGGCCCUUUAGUUAACUGGAUAUCAUUUAAGAGAACAUACUCAAGAAUUUCAAGUAUCAAGACUUAAUCGUCCGCCCCCAAAGUUUCGUCUUUUGCAUCUAUUCGUGAAUGACUGCAAUUCUGUAUCAGAACACGUAAUAUCACUACCUGUUAGUGCGUUGAGAGUGAGAUUGAAUCUUCACAGUACCACAUAUCGUGAGGAAUAACAUAGGUCACUUGACCUACCCUUACCCUUCAAGACAGUCAAAUGGAUUGGCUUGGGGGAUUAUCGUCCAUAAAGGGUCAGUUAACAAACAUCACCAAAGAUCUUUUAGCCGAAGGGACGCGUGAAAUUAAUGAUCCUGAAAGUGAAUUAUCGAUUGCACGCUCACGUAUAUGUGAACUUGAAUCAGUUGUUGAGACUCAGAAGACAGAAAUUAACUCUCUUAGGUGUAGGAACGAGGAGCUUGUGGUGCAGCUAGAGUCAUUACAGCUGAGGCUCGAUCACACAAAGGAACUGUUUAUUCAACAAUUGCGUGAAAAAGAUAAUUUAAUUUUCAAGUUACAAGCUGAAGUGUCGAAUGAACGUGGGGAACCUGAAGGACAGCCGGAAGCUUCACUUGGGACUACAAGCUGUCUUAUUGAUAACAGUGCAACCAAAUCUGGACUAACACAGUAUCCUGAUCUUGCAAGUGAAGAUCAUCAAGUUCCGUCAACUGUAUCACAUUCAGAUGGCACAGUCACUUGGGAAGAAUUAAAAAAUGAGGUUGUCCAACUUCGUGCAGAAUUAACUAAAUGGAAGAAAGUUGCCAAAAAAAAAGAAAAAUCUUCGGAUAACACUUCAUCACAUCAGUUGUUGAACAUAGAGUUGGAAAAUAAAAUUGAACAAUUAAAACGACAAAUCAGUGACUUACAUGAAACACAUAGGAAUGAAAUAGCUGCCGUACAAGAGAGCCAUUCAGAUCAUUUGUCUAAUCUUGUGGAACAGUUAAAAGAAACUGAAACUGAAGUGAUUAAACUUCAGAAACAGGUAGAUGAAUUUCAGGACCGCUCAAGUUGUGUUGUCAAUCUUAAUCAAACUGAUCUUGGAAAUAUUACUUUUAAAAGUACUUUUAAAACUGAUAAAUCAGUCUGUACCGAUGUCAGUGAUUUAACAAUGUUUGUUGAAAGUCAAGAAAAUUCGAAAAAAUCACGUCCUGGUAAAAAGAAGAAAAAGAAACCAACUACUCAAUGGGAUGCAACAGAUAUUGCAAAGUCUUCUAAAUCAGUUUCUUGUGAAAUGUCAUCCCAGACUGAUUAUAGUCAAAUGAAGGAUUCAUCUGUUCAGUCUGCUGAUCAAGUUGAAACAAAUGAUGCGUUUACUGAAGUUUAUCUUUAUCAAUUAAGCAGUUCCACUUCUGUUCAAACAGAUUCUCUAAUUAAAUCAUUAAGUAAAGAACUGCAAACUGAUUCACCAUAUGAAAAAGCAACGACAUCAAUUCCAACCACGUCAGUUGAAAUUCAGUUUUCUUCAACAGAUUGUGAAAAUGCCUAUCAUUUAGGAAAUAUUGACGAUGCUUCUAGUAAUAAUUAUCAUUUCACAUGUUCAAAUGAAGCACAACAAACACAAUCGUCAUUACAUAAUGUUUUCAGUAAAUCUGACGAAAUAAACGAACUAGUUGACCAACUUACAAAUGAAAUAAAUACUUAUCAUCGGGUGAUAUUCGAUAUGUUAAAUCGUAAUGGAGUUGAAUCAUCACAAAUCAUGUCAGCUUUGUCUCAGUCAAUAUUAUUUUCCCAGUCAAAUCAUGAAACUGAUAAUGAUGUACUUGAAAAGUUAAAAUUUUUGAUAAACAACAUUCAGUCUCAUCAUGAAUGUAUUACUAAAAACGAUGUUCAAAAAACUGUGAAUAUGAGCUUAUCUGUGCCUGUUUCUAAUACACGUUUAUCUGGUGAAAUAAGUGAUUCUACAGAAGUUGAGUUAGAUGCUUGGCAAGAUGAUGAUUUCCCUGAAUUGAAUUCUAAUGGUUCAGAAGAAACGAAAUGUCAAAGUGAACUUCCUACUGAUAAUAUAACAAAUUGCAAUGAAAAACUUCAAGAUGAGCUCCCAUCUUCUCUUAGUCUGAAGGAGAAAAUCCAACAGCUAGAAGAAAUGCUUUCAAAUAGUAGUAUCGCGAAUGCGAAUCGUAUAGCUGAACUAGAAAGCCAAUUAGAACCAUUCAAUCGUUUACAAAAGUCUUUAAACACAACUGUUUCGGAUUUAUUAUCACUUCCACCACCGCCUACUUUGCCCAGUCAUUUACUCAGCCAACAAUCUUCCUGUACAUGGCCACCUACAAGUGUUGAAGACCAACUAGCUCUAUUAACUGCUUCUGAGGUUUCUGCUCGUAAUGAAAUCAUUCGUUUGAAUGAUUCACUUUCAUUGUUUAAAGAAAAAUGUAAACGACUAGAAUGCGAUAACCAACAGUUGUAUGAUCAGUUGGCUCACUGUGAAGAAAAUCUCAAAUCUUCUAAUUCUACAGAGAACUUACAGAUUUCGGACGAUUUUGUUGAAUUAAGCUCUCUGGCUUAUCAGAUUUGUGUUUCCCUCGAUCCUGAGGUUAGUGAAAAAGAAUGGAAUCCUGAUGAUUGGGAAAUUGAGUUAUUUACUCUACUUAAGGAUCGCCUAGAUUCAGAAUUAACUGAAACUGAUGAUCAAUCUGAAAGUGUUGUCAAAUUGUCUGCAGAAGUUGCAGCACUUCGUGAUAUUUUAGCGCAGCACACAACAUUCCGAACACAAGCAGAGCGAGAUUUAAAACAUUUACUUUUCACAAUUCAAAACCAACAUGAUAUGAUUGAUAAGUUGAAAAUGGAGAAGCAACAGUUGGAAAGUGUCUUGCCAGGCAUGGAGUCCAAACUUACACCUAUUACUACUACUGUCGUUACCACUGCCUGCGUCGCUACCUCUACUGACUCUCCUGUUAUUGCUACUGUUAGUACUAGUACCUCUACAAUAACCGACGAUGUUGUCAAUGAUGAUACGGAACAUAAAUGUAAAGCAUCAUAUAUUGAUACUGAAACACAAACCUCCCUAAUUACUGAUAACGCUAUUGACGAAAUGAAUAAGCGCAAAGAAAAUUAUGAACAAUAUUGUAAAGAACUAAUCAAAUAUAUUUGUUCUAUAUACAAUGAUCAUUUGGUCAAUUCAUCACAAAACUGUGAAACAUUUAUCGUGUCACCUGACUCUUUUGAACUAACAAAUAUUUCAAAAGUCUUUUCUUUAUUAGAAAAGUUCAGUUUUAAAUUUAAUGAAUAUAAAAUUAAUUCAGAUAAUUUCCAAUCGAUGUACAAUACGUUAGUGAAUAGUUUACAACAGAAACAUGCUGAAAGUCAAUUAUAUCAUGAGAGAUUACAGCAUUCUUUAAAUGAAUUAAAUGAAGUUAGAAAACAUCGAGAGGAAGCAGAAAUUUUAGUGAAUAGUUUACGAGAACAAUUAAAUGUUAAACAAAUGGAAGCUGACAAUAUCGUGAAACAAUCUCUGUUAAUGAAUGAAACUAUAACAGCGUCAACUAAAUUAGUAGAUCAAUCAAGUAAAAUGAAUUUUGAAGAGGAAACAUCGAACGAAGGAAAAUUAAUAGCCGAAAUCCAACGCUUACAAGCACAUUUAGUUGAGAUGGAAGAAUCUUAUACCUCUGAAGCUGUUAUUGCAGAAAAUCGUGAGGUGGAACUUCGUUCACGUUUAAACGAAGCUGAAAAGUCCCUUGCUCAACUGAAAGAUUCAUGUACUACAACAGAUACGCAAUUGCAGACAGCUUAUUCUGAACGAGACGAUGCUUUAAAACAUUUGGAGGCUAGUCGACGUGAAGUUCUGGAUUUAAAAGAGAGUUUAAAAACUCUACAAACAGUUUUAGAUAAUUUUCAGCGCAAUCAGGAAGCUACUCUUCUAGCUGAAACGGAACAUCUUCGAGCUGAACUUAAUCGAACUAUUCAAAAAGAAAUGGCUACAAAACAAGAGAUGGAACAAUUAAAUAAAUCAAUUAUCAAAUAUCAAGAAUUAGCCAAUGAAUUAAAUCAAAUGAAAAAUGUUAAUCAACAAUUACGUGAACAAAUCCUUCGACUUGAAACAAAAGUUAAAAAACGUGAUACAGAAAAUAAUGGACUUCGUGAUCGUCUUGCUAAAAUGGCUGUAGAUACAGAUGCACGAAUUGAUAAAGUACUAAUUAAGAAUUUGCUACUUAGCUACUUGCAGUUACCUGCAAAUCAACGUAGUAGUGCUAUUCGAGUUAUCGGAAGUUUGUUGGAAUUUUCAGAUGAGGAUUACUUGAAAAUUGGCAAUGAAUCUGGCACAUUACCUAAACUAAUGAAAUGGGUUCGAACCACUGUAUCUAAUUUACCUAGUGGACCCCCAAAAGAUGUUCUACUUUCAUCGAAUAAUAACGAUAAGACCUUCACAGAAUUGUUACUGGCCUUUCUAGAAGAAGAAUCAUCUCCUCGAUCAACAAUUAAGCUGCCUAUGGAUUAUUAUACACCUGAUAUGGUCAGUUCAACUAAUAAUUCCAGAAAGCAGGUGAAUACAAGUGGUACGGAAGAUGAGAAGUAUCCUGUUAGCAAAAUUAUAACAGGUUCUACUUCACUAUCUAAUCCUCCUAAAUCCGAUAAUGAUUCAAACUUAUUAGAUCAUAAACCGGUUUUCUAUAUGCUUUAACAAUGAUUACAUAUUUCUCACUUAUUUCCUUUGAAUUUUUUUCCGUGAGCUGUGAUUGUAAAAUUUCCAUUCUCUUCUACCAGAAUUUUCAUCUGAUUUCAAACUUUUUUAUUUGUUUACCUUUCACACAAUGGUUCGAUGCACCGCCAUUCCGGGUAAAUUUCAAUAAUAUAUUCAUUUUGUUAUGCAUUGUGACAACGUAAUUCUAUAUAAAAUAAGUAUCACGGUUGU